AUGGAAACGAAUGAUUCCAACGCGGAAACUCUAAAUGAGAACUUUGACGCGCCCGAGAUACUAGUAACUGCAGUGGACAGCGACGAUGAAAUGGGAGACGUGGAUGCACCCACAGACAUUCAAAUACCGUUUGCGAAAUAUGCGCAAGAUAAUGACACGAACAGUGAUAACGCGACUGGAUUAGCGCAAGAUAAAGGAGCGAAACUGGAUUCUAAAAGCGAAGGUGGUGAUAGUAGAUCCAGGAAAACGUCCAAAGUGUCAUUCCACAGUGAUGUCAAAAGCCAAAGUUUACCAAAUAGCCGGAAGGUUUCCGCGCACUGCUAUGGUUCCCCGCAGCGAGGCGAGGGGGUUUACAUCGCCCCAGUGCAUGAGCUAUACCCGGUGUACAGUGGGAUUUCUUUUGCACCUCACGCGCAUGGUAACGUCCGGAAGCUUUCUGCACAACCUAUGUCGUAUUACCCGGAUGCGCCUCAUGCCAGCCGGAAGUCCUCAGUGGAGCCGUUCUACCUUUCCCCACAGCACAUGGCGGAUAGACUCUCACGCGCGUGCAUGCACGCGAUACACGGCGGAAUGCACCCAAAGGUCUCGGUGUUCUCAAUGGGCAACUACUCGGACGGAGUGUUCUCGGGUGGAGACGAGGGCGAGAGCAUGCCCACCCUGGACCACUACCGGGUCAGCGUCGUCGAUAAUCAGAGAUCUACGCUCUAUCAACUCCGGGAGGAAGCCAUGAAGGCCAAAGGCGAUGCAGCAAAUGAAAUAUUUGCCGACGAGCUGUGUGACGACGCCGACGAAGAGAAAGCCAGCAAAUCAACCGACGUGAAGAAAGGAGGACUGAAAUUCGGCUGGAUAGCCGGUGUAAUGCUGCGAUGCCUAAUGAACAUGUUCGGUGUGAUGUUGUUCCUGCGCAUCACAUGGGUCACUGGUCAGGCGGGGAUCGGACUUGCCACCCUGAUUGUCCUCCUGUCCGCAACGGUCACAUCGCUGACCACCAUAUCAAUGUCCGCCAUCUGCACGAACGGCGAGGUGAAAGGAGGUGGCGCUUAUUACCUGAUCUCGCGCAGUCUCGGACCACAGUUCGGCGGCUCCAUCGGGAUCGUGUUUACACUCGCUAACGCCGUCGGUGCCGCCAUGCACAUCGUCGGCUUUGCGGAGACCGUCCGGGACAUCAUGUGGGAGCAUGGCGCGUACAUUACCGGGGACAGCAUUCAUGAGGUGCGCAUUAUCGGCCUGGUCACGGGCGUCGUGUGCCUCGCCAUCAUCCUCAUCGGCAUGGCGUGGGAAGCCAAGGCCCAGCUGGUGUUACUGGUGAUCCUGAUCGCUGCUCUUGUCAACUUUUUCGUCGGCACAUUUCUUCCCCGUAGUGACGAGCUGCGGUGGAAAGGAGUCGUCGGGUACAGCGGUGAAACAUUCAAGACCAACUUUGUGCCCCACUUCUCGAAAGAACACAACUUCUUCUCGGUGUUCGCCAUAUUUUUCCCAUCAGCCACCGGGAUUAUGGCGGGAGCAAACCUUUCCGGUGACCUUAAGGAUCCCCAAUCGGCAAUCCCCAAAGGUACGUUCCUUGCCAUCCUCUUGGCGUCAUUGACCAACAUCGCAUUGGUCUGGGCCAUGGGGGGCAGUAUGGCGCUCGAGGCGGUUGGAACCGCUGUUACCAUGGCGACAGGAAAUACAACCGUGAACGUAACGUCACUUUCGGUUCCGACCCUCGAAGCCAUCCAAUUGUGCGGCGCUUCUGUGUGCAAAUAUGGUCUGCUGCAUGAUUUUGGGAUCACUGGUCUUGCAAGUGCCUGGCGACCUCUGAUUAUUGCGGGAAUAUUUGCCGCCACUCUGUCGUCUGCUCUAGGAAGCUUGGUGAGCGCUCCGAAGAUUUUCCAGGCACUGUGCAAAGAUCGACUGUUCCCUUUCAUCCACGUGUUUGCAAAAAGCUACGGAGCAAACGGAGAUCCAAGGCGCGCCUACAUCCUCUGUUCUUUUAUCUGUCUCGCCAUUGUUUGUAUUGGCUCCCUGGACAUUAUCGCUCCCAUCAUCUCGAACUUCUUCCUAAUGGUCUACGCCAUGGUUAACUUUUCCUGCUUCAACGCAUCCAUGGCUAACACACCUGGCUUCCGGCCUGGCUUCAAGUUAUACAACAAGUGGCUGAGUCUGCUGGGGUCAUUGCUAUGCAUGGCUGCCAUGUUCCUCAUCAACUGGUGGGCGGCGCUCGUCACCUACGCCAUCGUAGCCGGCGUCUACUUAUACAUAAAGGUAUCCAAACCAGAUGUGAACUGGGGUUCAUCUACGCAGGCCAUUGUUUACAGCGACGCCUUAAAGACGACGUUAAAGCUCAUCAACAUCGAUGACCACGUCAAGAACUUCCGGCCUCAGAUCCUCGUACUCACCGGAUAUCCACGCAACAGACCCAACCUGCUCGACUUUGCGGCGACCAUCACUAAGAAACAGUCUCUGCUGAUUUCUGGGCAUGUUUUCAAGGGUGACCUUGAGGAGCAUCUGGCCCGCUUGAGGUCAAUGUCCGUGUACCGAUGGUUUAGUGCUCGCAAGGUCAAGGCCUUCUAUAACAGUGUCUGCGCACCGACCUUCCGCAUAGGAGUUCAGGUUUUACUGCAGGCGCUUGGAGUAGGAAAGCUCCGCCCCAACACGCUGUUGCUAGGAUACAAGAAUGAUUGGCAGAAGGCGGAUCCACUCGAGGUCCUCGACUACUUCAACGUUAUAACGGACGCGUUUGACCUUCGAUAUAGUGUUGGAAUCCUGCGCGUGGCGGGCGGCUUUGACCGGAACAAGGUGCCCGAUGACGUCAUCGAUCUCGAUAACCCGGAAGUGAACGAAUCGGACGAGAAUAUUGAGGAGGAAGACGAUGACGAGCUACAAACGAAUGACGUCACUGCGAAACCAGUUGACGUCAAGACGAACACCCAAUUGAACGGACAGCCGCACUUUGUCCAUCACCGACUAAACACGCUUGAAGAGGGAAUCGAAAACGCGGCCUUCCAAGAUGACGAUGCCAAACCUGACGGAGUUGAGCGGACGGCGCCGGUGUUCCGGGAGAGCCAGUACGGCACGGUGGAUGUCUGGUGGCUCUACGAUGACGGAGGUAUGACGUUACUGGUUCCUUACAUUCUCAGUCAACGCAAACAGUGGAAAAAUGCAAAGCUAAGGGUGUUCUGUCUCGGAACCAAGAAAGAGGAAGUAGCUGAGGACCAGAUGAGAAUGGCAUCGCUUCUGGCAAAGUUCCGAAUCAACUACUCGGAGCUGACAAUUCUCACGGAGAUGAACAAGAAACCGCAGUUAAAAACUUACCGCCAGUUUGAGACGCUGAUCGGUAAAUGGCGGCUGAAGGCGGGCGAGUUCCAGGAGGAUUACCCGUGGAAGAUCGCCGAUGCCGACCUCAUGGAGUACAAACAAAAAACGUACACAAACCUUCGAAUCCGAGAGAAGCUUCUUGAACAUUCCAUGGACGCUUCUUUGAUUGUGAUGACGCUGCCCGUUCCCCGCAAGACGGCGUGUCCGGCUGGUCUGUACCUCGGCUGGCUGGAGAUUCUAACCCGCGACCUGCCGCCCACUCUGUUACUCCGGGGAAAUCAAGAGAGCGUGCUUACGUACUACUCAUAGAAUGAUGACGUCAUAAGCUUCGGAGUGAUGGUGUAAACUUCGCAUAGACUAGUGAUUUGUGACGGCACAUCCAACGUCAUAAACUUUGUUCCGGAGUGAUUACUUCUCAUAAACGGUUAACGUUAUAUCCGGGCGUUAUGCGCUAUAAUUAAAGUAUUUUAUUUAGGUGAUAUUAUUACAACAAUCAUUUGCAUACACCUUACUAGUAAUACAAAGGCGGACAAUUAAGCAUCGGUAAGUAUUGUUGGUGUUCACUAUAUUAGGACAAAUAGAUAUAUACAUAUUCUUUUAU